UGGGGAGCUGCCCUGCUGCAGGGCAGCGGAGCAGAACUUCCGGCCCCGCCUGACAUGGCCGCGGGAACCCUCUCAAGAUCCUCCCGCCAUUUCCCUACGCUGAAGCUGAUCCCGCCUCCGCGGCCCCCCGCUGUCUCAGGAUUCUCCUCGCGGUCCGGCCAGUCCCAACUCAGGGAGCAGCUUUCCCUCUCGAACCUCCUCCAAAGGUAUGGUUUUUCCCCGACUCAGGUCCCCGAUUUCCUCUCCAAAAACCGGCCAUUUCUUCUCAGUCUCAGCCUGCAUGAGGCGGAAAAGUCGCUUGGGAUCUUAUCAUCGUCCCUGAAGGUCCCCCAGGAAUCUCUGGUCCCUAUGGUGUGCGAGUGCCCCGGGGUUCUGGAACUUGAUUUCGUCGAGAAAUGGGAAAGGGUCUCCUGCGAAUUAGUGUUUUCCGGUGUCUCCGGUGUCGGGAUUGCUAAUCUAAUUAAGCUUUCGAGAAGGUUGGGGGUAAACCCAGAUGGGUUCGUUAGCAAUUUCGGGGCUUUGAAGGGUUUAGAGGUCAGUGAUGCUACUGUUUCCAGGAUCGUGGAGGAGUUUCCUAGAGUUGUUAUUACUGUCAAGGAGAGUGAAAUCUGUGAGAAAGUUGAUUUCUUGGAGGGGAUCGGGAUUCCGAGAAAUGGGAUCGAUCGGGUUCUUUAUACCUUUCCCGGAGUAGUAGGAUUGGCCGUGGGGGGAAGAUUAAAACCGCUGCUCAGUGAGUUCAAAAAUUUGGGUUUUGGUGAAGAUUUGGUCAGCAAGGAGAUCAUCAGGGAGCCGAGAAUUCUUUCCAUGGAAUUAGGGGAACUCUCACGUUGCUUGGACCUGUUGUGGUCAUUGAGGUGUCGUGAAGCAGUUAGGCGGAAGAUCUUCGAUGAGGGAGCAUUUAGAGCUGGGUUUGAAGUGAAACUCAGGGUAGACUGCUUAUGUGGGCAUGGUUUGAUCCGCAGGGAUGCUUUCAGAGUCCUGUGGAAAGAACCGAGGCUGAUUCUGUACGAAAUAGAAGAUAUUGAAGGGAAGAUCGAGUUUUUGCUUAAUACGAUGAAAUAUGGCAUCGAGAGCCUUGUUGAUGUCCCAGAGUAUUUGGGGAUGAAUUUCAAAAAACAGAUUAUUCCCCGGUACAGCGUGAUCGAGUACUUGAGAUCUAGAGGUGGGCUCGGUGACCCGAUCCAGCUUAGAGACUUGGUAAAGCUCAGCAGGCUUAGGUUCUACAAUCUAUAUGUAAAGCCGUAUCCUGAGUGUGAAAAACUGUACGGGAGAUUUUCAGCAGACAAAGUCAAGAGUAGACAUCCUGUUGGACUGUGGAAGCUCCUCAAACCACAGAAGUUUCCCGAGUCGAAGGGUGAUGUGAGAAACAUGCGGUCCUUUAUGGAGUCACUGGGUUAGCAUCUCUAGUAAUUGAGUUGCAUCACUCCAGUUGAAUGUCCCCGCACUGUUGUCAUGGGCUUCCCCUUCGUGUGAACCCGGGAGUUCAACUGCUUGCUCUUUGCCGAAAGAGCAAAUCUGAAUGCUCAUGAGAAGUUGUUGCUUCCAAGUUCCACAUGGGUUAGAAAAUUUUGGCAGAACAUUCUUCAGCCUUGUUGGAGCAAAUGUUCUCUACGGAUCAGCAUAUUCAUGAACCAUGGGCUUGGCCUCCCCAAAGUCUUGCAGAGAAGAAUGCAUUGGCAUCAAACAGUUUCCUGAGUUGGAAGAGUGUUCUCUACAGAUCAGCAUAUCCAUGAACCAUGGGCAUGAGCUCUCCAAAGUAUUGCACAGAAGAUGAAUUCUAUGGCAUCAAACAGUUUGGAGAUACACUUGAGAUAUGCUACUCAAAGUUUGGUGCUGUGUUACUGUCUACUGUUGUAUCGUGUAAGAACGUGAAUUCGUUCUUCUUUUUUAUUUGGUGGUGUAAUCUGUUGCUAAGUAGUCCACUAUGUGGAAGUGAAUAUUUCCGAUCACUAAUGUAUAAAUAAUGUGUCAUUUAUACGGAGCAAGCAUCAUUCGUGAGCCAAAUUUUGAAUAUAAGUAUGCAGUUAUGGCAA